AAAAUUCUAGAAAAUAAAAAAUAAAAAAUCCGAAAUUAAAUACAAAAAUAAAAAACACCCAAUUUCGGAAAUGUACUUAUUUUUUUAAGUACAAAAAAUCGAUCCAGAUCGGAAACUUUUACCGGAUGGGCAACCCUCGGUCUUAGGACGGUCGCUUUUGUGGAGAAAAAAAUCAUGAAAUUGAAGUCAAAUUAAUCGUAAAAGUGUUGAUAAAAGCUGAGAAUGAGUUUAUUUUGCUGCUUGACGAUAAGUGUGGAAAUGUAGAGCUGAGAUAAAGAAUAAUAAUGCGUCUGCGACGCCGCUGGCAUCGGCGGAUGCGGCGUACACUCGAGAAAAUCUAUCGCCUUAAAAUGCAGUCGCGUCGGAAGUUGGUGUUUUUGUUGUUGUUCGGAUGCCUUUGUGUGAUAAUCUGGCUGGCUGGACAGCAAUUCUGGGGGGCAACAGAGAGCCGAGAUAGCCACAAAUACAGAGAUAAGGGAUGCGCACCCAUUGAUGCCGUUUAUACGUGGGUAAAUGGCACAGAUCCGGAUUUCAUAGACACCGUCAGACGCUACGAUCCCAGCUAUGAUCCUUCCCGCUUUGAUGAUAAGAAUGAGCUGAAGUACUCGCUGCGUUCGCUGGAGAAGCACGCCAGCUGGAUUCGUCACGUUUAUAUCGUGACGAAUGGACAGAUUCCCAGCUGGCUGGAUCUCAACUACGACCGGGUGACGGUGGUGCCUCAUGUGAAUCUCGCACCCGAUCCCCGACAGCUGCCAACGUUUUCCAGUGCGGCCAUCGAAACCUUCAUUCACCGCAUACCAAAGUUAUCCAAACGUUUUUUAUACUUGAAUGAUGACAUCUUUUUGGGUGCACCUUUGUACCCGGAGGAUCUGUACACAGAGGCGGAGGGAGUGCGUGUCUACCAGGCGUGGAUGGUGCCGGACUGCGCCCUGGACUGCCCCUGGACAUACAUAGGCGAUGGCGCCUGUGAUCGCCACUGCAACAUCGAUGCCUGUCAGUUCGAUGGCGGCGACUGCAGCGAAAGUGGAACAGCCAAUCCUGGAGAGCUGCACGACGAGCUGCACGAGGUGCCAGCGACUGCGGCACAUCCUGCACAGCACAAGUUCCCCAACAUGGGUCUGCAGAAGCUGUUCAAGCGCAGCUCCAGCAACUUCAAGGAGCUGAUGCGUCAUAAGAAUGUGUCCACUCUGGUGGAGCUGCGCCGAAUAGUGGAACGCUUCAACAAGGACAAGCUGAAAUCGCUGAGUCCAGAUGUGGAUGCCAGCAGCAUUAGCAGCAGCACCAUCUCCAGCAACUUGCUGCACAAGGAGGACUUUAAGUCCUCCACAGACAUUUACUCCCACUCUCUGAUUGCCACCAAUAUGCUGCUGAAUCGCGUCUAUGGCUUCAAGGCGCGUCAUGUCCUCGCCCACGUGGGAUUCCUCAUAGAGCGCGACAUUGUGGAGGCCAUGCAGCAGCGCUUCCAGCAGCAGGUGUUGGACACGGCGCAUCAGAGAUUCCGAGCAGCCACAGAUCUUCAAUAUGCAUUUGCCUACUACUCCUUCCUGAUGAGCGAGACGCAGACGCUGGGCGUGGAUCAGAUCUUCGAUGAGUUCGACACGGAUGGCUCCGGCACCUGGUCGGAUCGUGAGGUGCGCACCUGUCUAACCCGCAUUUAUCCGCCGCCUCUGGACUGGUCUGCCAUGCGCUUCUUUGAGGAGGUGGUGCAAAACUGUUCCAUCAGUUUGGGUCUAGAUGUCAAUGCCAAUAAAAUUGUGCACUCUACCCUCGUCUACGAGCGCUACGAGGACUCCAAUUUGCCAACAAUCACCCGGGAGCUGGUCUGCCGCUGUCCACUGCUGGCUGAGGCUCUCAGCUCCAACUUUGCUGUGCGUUCCAAGUAUCGUUACCAUGUGAGCCCGAAGCGCGCUUCCCACAGCAACUUUAUGAUGCUCACCUCGAAUCUCACGGAAGUGGUUGAGGCACUGGAUCGCAUGCGUCGCAAUCCUAGGAAAUUCCACUGCAUCAACGACAAUCUGGAUGCCAAGCGUGGCGAGGAUAAUGAGCUAGUGCGUCAUCUACUUGAGGACUUCUACUUGUCCUUCUUUCCACGUCGCAGCAAGUUCGAAUUGCCGCCACAAUUCCGCAAUCGUUAUGUUUCCUGGAACGACUAUCAACGCUGGCGUCGUCGCAAACGCGCCGUUCUCGUGGUGGGCUAUGGUGUCAGCCUGCUCCUGGUCAUCUUCCUGGUGUGCCUGUUGUGUCAACACAAGGCCAAGAUUGUGCGGCGCUGUGUGCAGCGUCUGUAGAAGAUCACUCGAAUCCAUAUUUACAUAUUAUUUCAAUAUUGUGAUAAGUUGUAACCUUUGAGAUAGAUUCGCCACUGCAUUCUAGCUAGAUUUUAGAUGGAAUCUUUAGAUUUAAUAUAAGCCUAGGCUACGUACUUUCAAUGUACUUAUUAUUUAAGCGCUAUAUUGAGGCUAAAUUUAAGCGAAAAAUGUACAAAUAUAAGAGACAUUUUACUUCAGAGGCUUUCAAUGCUAAUUCCAAAUAAUAAAUAAAUUAAUAGCAUUUUUAACAGAUCCA